AUGCCUCCUGAAAGCAGCAUUUCAUUGAGUCUUAAGUGUGUGUGGGUAUCAACAGACCACGAUGAGAUUGAGACCGUGGCCAAACAGUUUGGUGCGCAGGUUCACCGACGAAGUUCUGAAGUUUCAAAGGACAGCUCUACCUCACUAGAUGCCAUCAUAGAAUUUCUUAAUUAUCACAAUGAGGUUGACAUUGUAGGAAAUAUUCAAGCUACUUCUCCGUGUUUACAUCCUACUGACCUUCAGAAAGUUGCAGAAAUGAUUCGAGAAGAAGGAUAUGAUUCUGUCUUCUCUGUUGUGAGACGCCAUCAGUUUCGCUGGAGUGAAAUUCAGAAAGGAGUUCGUGAAGUGACUGAGCCUCUGAAUUUGAAUCCUGCUAAACGGCCUCGCAGACAAGACUGGGAUGGAGAAUUGUAUGAAAAUGGCUCAUUUUAUUUUGCUAAAAGACAUUUGAUAGAGAUGGGUUAUUUACAGGGUGGAAAAAUGGCAUACUACGAAAUGCGAGCUGAGCACAGUGUGGAUAUAGAUGUGGAUAUUGAUUGGCCUAUUGCAGAACAAAGAGUAUUAAGAUACGGCUAUUUCGGCAAAGAGAAGCUUAAGGAGAUAAAACUUUUGGUUUGCAAUAUUGAUGGAUGUCUCACCAAUGGCCACAUUUAUGUAUCAGGAGACCAAAAAGAAAUAAUAUCUUAUGAUAUAAAAGAUGCUAUUGGGAUAAGCUUAUUAAAGAAAAGUGGUAUUGAGGUGAGGUUAAUCUCAGAAAGGGCCUGUUCAAAGCAGACACUCUCUUCCUUAAAACUGGAUUGCAAAAUGGAAGUCAAUGUACCAGAUAAACUAGCAGUUGUAGAUGAAUGGAGGAAAGAAAUGGGCCUGUGCUGGAAAGAAGUUGCAUAUCUCGGAAAUGAAGUGUCCGAUGAGGAGUGCUUGAAGAAGGUGGGCCUGAGUGGCGUGCCUGCCGAUGCCUGCUCCACCGCCCAGAAGGCUGUUGGGUAUAUUUGCAAAUGUAACGGUGGCCGUGGUGCCCUCCGAGAGUUUGCAGAGCACAUUUUCCUACUAAUGGAAAAGGUUAUUAAUUCAUGCCAAAAAUAGGAAUUACUAUAACAUUGGGAAAGAAAAUAUUCAGCCGCCUUCAGCUACUUUUAUUUUUGAUUCAGUACAAUUCCAUGUUGUAGUGUUCUAGAGAGUGUAAUUUGAUUUGUGAUGUAUCUUAAUAUCUUUUAAAGCAAAGUCUUCUCAAAUCAUCACUCCAGAAUGUUCUCUAAAAUAACUGUCCUCUACUUCUCUCUUUAUGCAAGGUAAUUACUUAGAAAUCGAUACAGUCUUUCUCAGAAUUUUAGUAAAUGCAAGUGAGAACACCAUCAAAAUUGACUUUGUAUUGUACCCUGUAAACCUGUGUACUUGUGUGCUUUUAAUGAUACUGAGAUAUUAUUUAUUUGGGGGGUAGUGUGUCUGGCUAGACAUGCCCUUCUGUUAAUAAAAUUACAUUUCACAAACUUGA